AUGUACAUGAUGCCAUGCGGACGAGAGGAAGAAUACUUCACCACGCCAAUCGGACAAGUUAAAAAAGACGUGAACAAGGACGUCGCCGCCGAGCUGCAGCAAGCAAAAGACCCUGCAAACGAGGCACCACUACAAGGCACUAUCGAGCAGCAUGUCGACGCACUCGCGCAGGAACUGCGAAAAAAGAACGUGGCAGCCCCAACAGCCUCCCACUCGCCUCCCGAGAUGGGCUCCGACGACUGGAGCGAAGCCUAUUAUUUGUUCGGGGUGGAUAGCCCGGAGUCAUGUCCAGUUGCCGCGUACGAUCCUGACACCAUGCAAUUUCGGUAUUGGCUAGCGUUCGCGCUAAACAUGGGAGCGGAGCCUAGCGUGCCGGGCUUUUGCCGUAUCUCAGAAUUCUGCAUGGCCGCCUGCGUUUUCUGGGGAGUGCCGAUGCUUGCAUAUAUAGAUGAUCAAAAUUAUUUCGGCGUCAACGCCGAACAAGUCCAGCUAGCAAAAGACUUCGUCCACCAGCUGGCCGACACGAUCGGCAUGGAACUCUCCACCAAAGCGAGCGCGGACCAGCUGUCGACCCGAACAAACAAAGUAAAAGCACUCGGACUUAUGUACGAGUGGCAACGCAGCACAUCAACAUUGGAAAUAGUGCUGCCGCAGAAGUACAAGGAGAAAGUAGCGGCCGCGUGCAACACCAGCCUCGAGCAGAUUAAAGAUAAAGCGAUAAGCCGCCGCGACUUUCAGCGGACUAUCGGGUUGGCGACGUUCGCUACGCAGCACGCGCCGGACAAAUGCGGCACGGACCUACUCCGACCGCUGUAUCGAUGGUGCGAGGAGACGCUAUUCGACCAACUGGUACGAUCAAAAGAAGAAAGACGGUCGCUUGCGCUGGCCAUAGCCGCCUUAAAAGAAGUGGUGCCUGAGCUGCCGCCGGUACGUUUCAACCAGGACACCACCCCAUUACACCUGGCAAUUAUGUGGACCGACGCCUCCACAGACGGGGGACCACAAGGCCAGCCGAUGCUUGGUGGAUACCACAUCAGCAGGUGGGGACAAGUAGAGGCCUUCUCCUACGUGGUGCCUCCGCACGUAGCCGCGAUCGCCGGGGGCACAAUGCGCAUCGAGCUGCUCGAGGCGAUGGCAACUUACAUGGGGCACACGCUUUGGGCGGAGAGAGGCGUCAUGCAGGAGACGAAUCUGGACAAUAUGACGCAGUUGUACGCCCACAUCAAGAUGACGUCCAAGGCCACCAGAGUACUCGCCGUUGUAACAUCCUCGGCCAAAGUCACAAGUAAGCGAGGCUGCCGCGCCUACUACCGCUACCGCAAAACGCAGCUCAACCUUGCCGACGUAUUCACGAGGCAAGACAAGCUCAUCGCACUUGGAAGCCGUAUCGCGACAGUCAUCCACAACCCACCGGACCCGGACUGGAGAACCGCACUACGACCGCGAGACAGGGAGAAAACAGGAGCGCAAAAACCUGAGGCUACGGCAACUUUGCCCGAGGCCCAAAACGUGCUCGCCGAAGGAGACCGGAACGCCGGGGUGAUGAAGCGCGCCUCUGCCGCUUCGUUGCCUGGAAAAACCAAAAAGCACGUUAAAAGAAAGUGAACCUGCUCACACUGUGCGCCCGAGCAAAGUCGCGCCACGUGCGCCACGGUCUCCACGUGAGACCAAGCUAUGGUGGAUUUAUUGAGCACAAGUGUUCCGGCUGGGACACUUCUAUUCUAAGGUCCCCUUGCCUGCUUGGGCUGGUUGAAUCAAAUAAUGGGCUUAGCGGAUCCUUCGCGCUCAGAUCUAAGCUCUGGCUACUCAUAAAAUCAAACGAGGGCUGCGAUCUGAGAACUCAGCAAAUUUAUAUAGGUAUCUGUAGUCACCUAUUAUUCUACUGGGCCGCAAAUGAAAAGUUAACCUAUUGAAAAAAUUCUGGCUACAGGCAGGAGGGACGCUGAGAGCGUUGGUCUAGAAAGGGUAGAUCUGUUU